AUGCCAAACAUCGUUGUUUUGGGUGCAGUUGAUGCACGGCCAUUGAGAGCUGUGCAGGGGUUGCUUGAGACUGACGUUUCUUUCAGUGCUGGAGUCUCCGGACUGACAACCGCUUACCUUCUCUCAAAGGAUCCGGCGAACAAGAUCACAGUUCUGGCUAAACACAUGCCCGGCGACUAUGAUAUUGAAUAUGCCUCUCCCUGGGCUGGUGCCAAUUACAUGCCGGUGGGCAAGGAGGGAACUGACCAUGAACGCUGGGAGCGAGAGACAUGGCCCUACCUGAAGGAGAUCACAGAGAAGUACCCGGAGGCCGGAAUGCACUUUCUCGGCACUCUCAUCUACAAUCGUAAGAAGGAUCAAGAGUCGGAUACCGGUAAAUGGUUCGCGGAAUUGACCCAGCCAGACCCUUGGUACAAAGACGUUGUGCCUGAUUUCAAACCAAUUCCCAACGAGAAGCUGGCCCCAGGGGUCGAUAAUGCGCAGGAGUUCACGUCUGUCUGUAUUAAUACUGCCAUCUACCUGCCCUGGCUGGUCGGCCAAUGCGUCAAAACUGGAGCGGUCUUCAAGCGCGCUGUGAUCAAACAUAUUGCCGAUGCUGCGAACGAACACCAUACCGGCCAAAAGGCCGAUCUCAUUGUUAACUGCACUGGUCUGUCGGCCAAGACUCUUGGAGGCGUUAUGGACAGCAAGAUGCAUCCUGCUCGGGGUCAGAUUGUAGUUGUCCGCAACGAUCCCGGCCCUAUGGCUUCUGUGUCCGGAACGGAUGACGGAGAGACCGAAUGCCUGUACAUUAUGACCCGCGCUGCAGGCGGUGGCACUAUCCUGGGAGGUUCUUAUCAGAAGCACAAUUGGGAUUCCCUACCCGACCCCAAUCUCGCUAAUCGAAUUAUGAAGCGUGCUAUUGCGCUGGCUCCUUCUUUGGUCAAGCCUGGUCAGGGCAUUGAAGGUCUUGAUAUCAUCCGACAUGGCGUUGGCCUGCGACCUCUGCGCGAGGGUGGCACUCGCAUUGAGAAAGAUGAGGUCAAUGGUGUCAAGGUCGUUCACAACUAUGGGCAUGGUGGAUUUGGAUACCAAGCUUCCUUUGGUUGCUCGGUGGAGGCCAUGGGGCUGUAUCAAGUCAACUAUGCCACGAAAGGAUUUGAACGAUAUGCCUCCCGAAUCCAAAAGGUUGUCAACGAAUUUGGCAAUAGUCCACUAGGUAAAUCGCCACUAGCGACGCAACCCUUGACAGCUAUACCGGAGACGAUCCUUGCGAUGGUGAUGGAUGUCGAUGGUCAAACGUUCAAUCAGCUUAUUAAAGCUGGCUAUCAUGAUAUCGACAAGCUUCACAGCAGUAGAUGGGAGGAAAGAACAAUCGUUCUCCGCGAGGGAGGAUAUAAUCGCUAUCGAGAACAAGCUGCAACGAAUCUUGGCAAUCUGGCCGAAUUCGUGGUAGAUGAGUACGACGGUGACCUCAACAAUCUACUCAAGAGCGCCCAUGGGCAGAGAGAAAAGUCGCGAGCAUUGAUCAAAGAGAUCAAAGGAAUUGGCGAUUUGGCCGUGGAAUUAUUCUUUGACAAUGUUCAGAGUGUCUGGCCUUCCAUCGCCCCAUUUGUCGACUCACGGAGCCUUCAAACGGCUGAAGAGGUGGGGAUCGGGGCCAACAUGCAUGCAAUGUACAGCGCACUGCAUCAAGAUCCCGAGCGGAUGAGUUGUUUUGUCAACGGACUGUCAUCUGUGCGUCUGGAGAAGAAACAAUUUGAUAUUGGAAGUAUGUACGCUGGACAUACAUACCCAUAA